ACACUCAUCAUCCAAUCAAACGGAGCUUCAAGCUCCCAACGCGUGGCACGUUGACAUCGGAGUCAUCGAACGGUGCAAGAUUGUUCCUGGUCGGAGACGAAACCAUUGUCCAUAGAUCAUUAUUAAUAAUAUUUCACAUUUGUUUGGUUGCUCCGAAAAGAGAGGACCAAACAAGCCCUUAUCAUAACUCUAUCUAACACAUAACAUAGGACAGGCCCAAAACCAAAAAAAAGCCUCGUCUCUCGUGCCGAUUCUCCAGGACAAUUCCCUUCACCCAACCUAAUUGGUACUUGUUUCCUGCCCAAAUUAACCGAUUCACAAAAUUUAGGGGAUGUCACUUGGUGUUUGUGAGCAAUUAGUGUAGAAGAUGAGUACGUUGGAUGCAACAAGGGCUGAACUUGGUCUUCUUGUUUUAUAUUUGGGCAAGGCUGAAGCAAGGGACAAAAUAUGCAGGGCAAUACAAUAUGGUUCCAAAUUUUUGAGUAACGGGGAACCUGGUACUGCUCAGAAUGUCGACAAAACAACCAGCUUGGCACGAAAAGUCUUCCGUCUUUUUAAGUUUGUCAAUGACCUACAUGCUUUGAUAAGUCCAACACCACAGGGCACUCCCCUCCCCCUAAUUCUGUUGGGAAAGUCCAAGAAUGCACUACUCUCCACUUUCUUGUUUCUUGAUCAAUUUGUGUGGCUUGGCAGAACAGGCAUCUACCAGAAUAAAGAGCGCACUGAACUAAUUGGUCGGAUAUCUCUUUACUGUUGGCUGGGUUCCUCAGUGUGUACCACCUUAGUUGAGCUUGGGGAGCUUGGAAGGCUUUCUUCAUCAAUGAAGAAGUUAGAGAAAGAUCUCAAGAACAAGAAUAAAUAUGAUAAUGAGCAAUACCGUGCCAAACUAAACAAGUCAAAUGAGAGAACUCUAUCACUUAUCAAAGCAGGAAUUGAUACAGUGGUAGCAGUUGGACUGCUUCAAUUGGCACCCAAGACAGUUACUCCUCGCGUGACUGGGGCAUUUGGAUUUGUUUCGUCUCUAAUAUCUUGUUAUCAGUUGCUUCCUGCCCCAGCCAAGUCCAAAACUUUGUGAAGUGUGGAAGAAUAAAAUGGUUCCCAUGAGGUGUCAUUGUUGUCAAAUAAUUAUAUGAAUUGGUCAGGAAAUGUCGGUUGAUGUGAGCAUUGACCAAUUUUCAUCAUAGUUACAAGUUCUCAAAAACUGCUGUGUAGGGUAUCUUUCUAUUUUGGUCUUUCAAAAUAUAUGCAACAAUAUUAUGUUGCUCCAUAAUUUACAAAUACAUGAAUUUGUACCCUAAAAGACAUGCAAUAUCAAAUCGGUUCCCCCACUUCCCCUCAAUGCUC